AUGCGUGCAAUUCUCAACUCAAGUACAGUUCUGCUUGCUCUCUCGUAUCUCGGUCUCGUCCAGGCCGAUGUCCCCCGCUUGGUGGACACUGCAGCUUCUGAUGGCACAGGCUAUUGCGGAGAUGCCAGCUUUAUCAACCAGUCCUCGGGCGGCUCGCCGUUGGUUUCCGACUGUGAGGCGCUGCGCCAGCAAAUUCGCGACAAACACCUCGCAUAUGCAUUUGCAGGCUACGGGAACAAUCACUGGGUCCCUUUCGACAGCCACGGGAGCUGCGUCAUUGGUUUCUCCUGCCAAGGCCCGUAUGGCGUGUACUGGUGUGAAGUCGAUUCCAGGGAUGCCGCGGAUCUAAUUACCUCGAGCAUCGACAAGUUCCGUUGGGACGGCAAGGUCGGUGCGAAGGGCCAAAUGCCGUGCGACUCUAGGGAUGGAGCGCGGCGUACGACUUAUUGGGCUAUAUACCAUACUUGA